UUCUUCUUCAUGGUGGACGUCUAUUUCCCCCAGAUCAGCAACACUACCGACCGCAAGUACCUGGUCCUGGCCGACCUCGGCUUCUCAGGUCUCUGGACCUUCCUGUGGUUCAUCGGCUUCUGUUUCUUGACCAACCAGUGGUCCUGGACACGGGCCGAGGAUGUGUACAUCGGAGCGGACUCUGCCCGUGCUGCCAUCACCUUCAGCUUCUUCUCCAUCUUCUCCUGGGGACUCCUGCUCACCUUUGCUUACAAGAGGUACAAAAUGGGAGUGGAGGACUUUGCUCAAAGCUAUACCGACCCCAGCCCGGAGGUUUCGGCUCCCUACUCCAGCUAUCCCAACAUCAGCCAUGAGAGCUACCAGCAGCCACCCUUCACGCACACAGCGGAUGCCCCGGAGGGUUAUCAGCCACCACCAGUGUACUGAGCCCUGGCUGGCACCCGCGGGACGGCUGUACCAGUGCAAUUCCUUCCGCGGGGUGGGGGAUCUGGGACUUGGAGGGGACAGUGGGGUGGGAGGGUGACAGCUGCUUUUUUGAAGGUGACUGGGCCUCUUCAUGGGGUGCAGGAGGGGCUUCUGCCUGGUCCCAGAGCUGAGAUCCUCACUGGAGGGUCCAGAGCCCAGUGUGUGGUGGGUGAUUUGCAGCUGCUGAGUGAGCACUGCAGCUGCAGGAGGUUGGGUGUGUGGGAGGCCUUGACAUGUACGAGCCUUUGCUUUGGCUGUGGUGCCUUGGUGGUGGGGUGCAGUUCACAGCCCCUGACCCUGGCUCUGCCCUGUGACUGUUGCCCUGGCCCAUCCUGUCUCCUGUGCCUUCCAGCCCUGCUGGCUGCAUUCCCCCAAGUGCCAUCUCUCACCGCCCUAGCACAGCCAGGCCCAGCUCCUGCCUGUGCUGCCUUUCUGUGCCUUCCCCCAUGGGCUGCUUCUGGGUGAGCUGUUGCCAAAGCCCCCUCUUCUCUUGCCUGAUGCCGUGCUGUGCCUUCCCCCAGCCUGCCCUGAGCUUGGCUAAUGCAGUUUGGGGUCUGUGGGAGCAGUGAGCACUGAGAGCCCUCAGCAGGGCUGUGGCUGAGGACAGUCCUGGAGCACUUUCUUUCCCUUGUGUGCCUGCCUGAGUGCUGCCUCUGCUGCUGUUUGGCUGAGCUCCUGCACCCUGGCCACACCAGGAGCCUGCGGGCCGUUGUCUCAGGUUGUGUUUGCUGCUGUGCUGUGGUAAAGCUGUUCCUGGCAGCCGUGUGGGCCAUCACUGCUGGGGCCAGUGUUCAAGUAGUUGUCACUGUAGGGUUGAAAUAAACUUUUUCACCAAGCCA